AUGUCAUCUUUGGCCAAUCGCUCAAUGUUGACUAUUCGAUCGAUAACUCGUCAAUCCAAUCGAUUACGAUGUUCAUCAUCCUCAUCCUCUAUGGUUUCAAGACAGUACUACAAUGCCUCGACAAGUAACCUUACAUCUUCAUCAGCUACCUCUAGGUCAAUCCAGAAAAGGACUUUCUUCUCGUUACCUGACAUAACGAAAUUAGCUGGUCUGGUACCAUCCCAGAACCAAAGUACGAACGAUGAAGGGAUCGUAACGGGGAUAGAAACGGAUGGGGAGGAACAGAGGUUUCAUGCGAGAAAGAUAUUACCAUAUUCCCAAGUCCAACUUUACUCACUCGUAUCUGACGUACCCUCCUACUCAGCUUUCAUCCCAUUCUGCAACUCUUCCGCAGUCCUAUCAAAACCUUCCCCAUCUCCCUCGUCAAAAGACAAUAUAAAUAGACAAUGGAGGGAUUGGGCACCAGGAACUGAACCGUUCGAAGUUCUCGCUGAGCUUGCGGUUGGCUUUGGAGGGUUGGAAGAGAGGUAUAUCAGUAGGGUAAAGGGUGUACCAUUUGAGAGUGUUACGGCAACAGCAUCAUCUCAAACACCGUUAUUCAAAUCACUCAUAACUCGCUGGUCAUUCUCACCCGCCUCGUCAAUCUCACCUCAUCCAUCCAACUCUCCCUUCCCCCCUACACCUCCUUCACAGAUGAGAUUGCCAAAUUCCACCUCGCCUACAGAUCCUAAUAUUGGUCCAACGUUAUUGACGAUCGACCUAAAUUUCAAUUUUGCCAACCCUUUGCAUCGAAUAGCGAGUCAGGCCGUUCUGCCAAAAGUGGCUGACAAGAUGGUGGAAGCGUUUGAGAAGAGGUGUUUGGAGGUUUAUGGUAAAGGAGAUCAGUAA